UGGAGAGAUACCCGGAAAGCAAACUUGCGAGCCGACCGCAGGGGUUGGACCCGGCCCUGGUACUAUGAACAGACCCUGGAGCAGAGGAGGCUGCAGGAGGAGCGGGUGGCCAUCCGGGCGAGACUGAAGAGAGAAUAUCAACUGGAACUUAACAACCCCAUAGGAAGGGGCUGGUGCAAGACCCGGCGGUGGAACGAUGGAUGUUCGCACGCAAUUACAACAUUUUGCCCAACGCCAGACUGACCCCUAAAGUGUGUCUGCGCGGCGCCCUGUCCUUCGCUGGACCUUUGCUCUUCUUGUACGUUGUCGCAGGCUGGGAUCGGGCACGGAAGGAGAGGGAGUUUAAGGAAGGAAAGGACGACAAUCCCUUUUCAUUUACACUCUGA